GUGGAGCAGACGGGAGGGGAUGAUGGCUGACUCUGCUGACUCCACUGACUCCGCUGUCUCCGGGACCAACGAAGUGGCUGUGAUCGGAAACACCGACCUGACUUCAUCUGAAUCGGAGAACAACCUCAUCAACACGAUGGUGGAACGAGGGACAGCCCUGUUGAGAAAAAUGGAGAUCAACGUGACGGAGGCAGAGAAGAGAACAGGGAAGAACACGGUGAACAUGCAGGAAACCUACACUGUCUACCUCAUAGAAACACGGCCAGCUGAAGCUUUCCCAGAGGGAGGACAACCGUCUGCACCUGAUUCUUUGUGGAGACGCUACAGUGAGUUUGAGCUGCUCAGAAAUUAUCUCCUGGUCACGUACCCAUUUGUCGUCGUCCCUCCACUGCCGGAGAAAAGGGCAGAGUUUGUUUGGCACAAGCUGUCAGCAGAUAACCUCGACCCGGACUUUGUUGAGCGACGGAGGGUCGGCCUGGAAAACUUCCUGUUGCGUGUUGCAUCACAUCGUGUCCUUUCCGAUGAUGAAAUCUUCAUCUGCUUUCUCACAGAGGAGAAGAAAUGGAAGGAUGCGGUUUUGGAGACGGGUUUCCAAGACAAGGCUGAUUCCAGACUCAAGUCUCUGAGUGCCAUGUUCAGAGUCAAGAACCCAGACCAGCAAUUCACAGCACUGAAACACUCCAGUGAUGAGCUGAACACAGUCAUCUCUCAGUUACUCAGGGUGCGGGCGAAAGUAGCAGACAGGCUAUACGGAGUCUACAAGGUCCACGGUAACUAUGGCAGAGUCUUCAGUGAGUGGAGUGCCAUAGAGAAAGAGAUGGGAGAUGGACUACAGAGUGCUGGUCACCACAUGGACACAUAUGCUACAUCAAUAGACGACAUUCUGGAGGAAGAAGAGCACUACGCAGACCAACUGAAAGAAUACCUCUUCUACACUGAUGCUGUCAGGUCAGUGUGUAAGAAACAGGACUUGAUCCAGUACGAGUUGGAGAUGGCAGCUCAGGACCUCGCCAAUAAGAAACAGCAGAGGGACGAGCUUAUCAACGGGACGGUACGAAUCUUUUCUUUGAAAGGAAUGACCAGUAAACUCUUUGGCCAGGACAGCCAGGAGCAGAGGGAGACCAAGUUGGCAGCCCUGGCGCAGAGUAUAAAUGAGGGGGAGGAGGCCGUCAUGGAGAAGAAUAAAGAAUGUCGAGAGUUUUGCAAAACAGCCUGGGCAGACAUCGAACUGUUCAAGGAGCAGAAGGACAGAGAUUUGCGUGAGGCACUAAUCAGCUAUGCCAUUAUGCAGAUCAGCAUGUGUAAGAAGGGAAUCCAGGUGUGGUCCAACGCCAAGGAGUGUUUCAAUAAAAUGUGAGCCACUUUCCCAGCCAAUCACAAUUGACACCAAAACAAUAGCCAAUCAGAUUGUACAGACUGGAGGUGCCAGCCAGUUGUUGUCCUGCCGUCUCAUGGAAAUGGACCAUGGAGCCCAAACAAUGCGCUAAAUUGAAGCUACUGAGAAUAAUUGUCUCCUUUUUCUCUUUCUUCCUCCCAGACACACAUGCACGCCCACAUUAAUUUAGAAAAAGAUAGCAAGUCUGAAUCGUUUAGUGAGUCCAUGCCUUUCCAAAUCCAAGUGUCUUAAUGGUACCACUGCUGAUUUGACUGUCGUGCUGCAGAUGACCAAAGUUUUCCAAAUUCGCCAUGAUUUACCAAGCUGACAGCAUGACCAGAGUCCUGAGUUGAUGAGGCCUGAUGGUUGUUUGGGGGGAAUCACUGCUCUUUGAAUCUCCGUUGUUAGCCCUUCUUUGAGUUGUUCUUUACUAUGAACAUAAGGGAUACUCAGUCAUGACAUUUAAGCCAGGGCUUCAUGUGACUCGUUUCAGAUUAAGUGCCUUAGAGAUAUUGAGACAAACUGUGGUGUUUUUUCUUACCAGUCAAACUGCAGUACGCUGUCGAGGGAAAAUAUUGGCAACGAAAUGGUGAAUGGAGAAAAAGUGGCCCCUAUUGACCAGCAUCUUGAUUACAUUGGAGCUAAUAUUGCAAUUAACUGUCCCCGUACUAAAGCUAUGGCUUUGCGAUAGCUCAGUAAUUCAUAAUAAUCUAUGUGCAUCUUUAGGCAGAGAUAUUUUGUAGCAACUGGUCCCCAGGAAUUAUCCUGAAUAAUGUUUCCAUUGAUUUCCUCGUUUUCUCUCGACCUACAGUAACUUUUAUUGUUUGAAUUUCUAUGUAGUAAAAUACGUCAUAAAAAUCAGCAAUCAAUUAAAUUGUAAAGCAAGGAAACAAAAAAAAACACCACUACACAUUCACAAAUACUUAUUUCCUUUUUCCAGAAUUAUAUUUUAUACGCUUUCAUGCAGAUGUCAAACUUAAUGUGGUUAUUGAUCGACCAAAGUGCUUAUGACCAAUGAUGUGCCUGUAUAGUGCAGAUCACAGGUGGGAAGCACGAGAGACUGUAGCUGUGGGUUGUUUGUUUUUUUGGAGGGAGGGGAUUUUAUUUUAUUUCAUGUUAUUUUAUUUGUGCCAAAAAGAAAAGAGCCAUGACGAAGUGUAGCCAGAAAAACCUCAGACUGUUUUUUGACUGAAGAUUAAAAGCAAAAAAAACACACGCAGAUCAAUGGCUGAAUCUUUUUUCUCUACCGUCGAUAGUCAAAGGUUUAAUACCAACAUCGGUUUUGUACAACAGGGGAGGAAUCGUUUGUUGUUGACCUUCUCUGCCUCACAUGUUUUUUUCAGAAUUUAACUCGCAAUAAAUAGACCUUCGUUGUGAUGACGUGGAAACUCUUUGGUAUUUUUAGGUUAACAGUCUGGCUUCAUUCAUAUGCUACAGAUUUACAAUACAUAUAAUACUUUUGCUUCAUUUACAAUCUAGAGUAAGAAAUGGAAAGAUCAAACAUCUGAAACUCAUACUGAGAUUAUUUUCCGUCUCUCAGUUUGCUGGAAUUAUCCUAAAUUGAGGCUUUAUGUGUGUUUUUGUAAUAAACAUGUUGAACGAGAGAUUGAUGUUUUCCUGUCUCUGUAUUCACUGUGCUAAUAAACACUAAUAAACGUAUUUCUUUUAA